AUGGAUUCUGAUAACCACACACAAAUUAGUCGAUCACAUAUUUCACCAGCCUGUUUUUACGUUGCCAAAAUAGAUGAUGGCAAUUGUUUUGAAAGCAGUAUUGUAAAUUUAUGUGAUCGAAAUAAUGGAUUGUUCGGUACAUUAGCUUUCAGUGAAGGUGCUUUCUUAAUUGAACCUUUAAUUGAUGAAGAGGACUUUGAAAAAGCUCAAGGAGAUAAUCCAAAUAAUUAUUUUGAUGAAAGUUUAGGUGGAGGACAUCCUCACCAUCAAAGGAGAAAACGUCGCCAUAGACCUCACGACAAUCGAGAUCAAGUAUUAUUGAGAGCACAUCUAAUUUAUCCAGUGCAGACACAAUAUUUUGGAGAUGAUCAUAAUAAUGAGCGGAGACAGCAAAAAUCUACUGAAAGUGGGAAUAUUUUAUAA